AUGGGUCCUGUGCGAAAGUACGUGGGCGAGCGCGCACUGCAAGGAGAGGAGCCCUUCGGGUGGGCCCUGAGCUACCUACUUGGAAAUGUGUCUUGGUUCAGGUUCUGGGUGAUCAUGUGGAACCUGGAGUAUUGGAUCCCUCUUCCUCCUCGCUUGGACGGUGAAAUAUGCUCUCUCGGCUGGAUGGAGUGUCUCCGGCAAACUUCUUUUGGCGAAGCCAACACACGUCUUCUGAUUGCUGCUCACUGUAUUGUGGUGAUUAUGAUGGGCCUGGGCGUUGUUUUCCAGUUGAGCUCCCUCGUAGAAGUGGAUACAAGACGCAAGGUUUUCCACGGCAUGAUGGUAUUGAUGUUUCUUCCUACCAUCUACAUCGAUCCUGCAUUCUGUGCUCUUGCUCUGGCUCUAGUACUGUCUAUAUUUCUCCUCCUGGAUCUUUUCCGGGCCUCCCAAAUGCCGCCAAUCUCUCGACCGUUGACUUAUUUCCUGGCACCCUAUGUUGACGGCCGUGACCAUCGGGGGCCUGUCAUCAUCUCUCACAUCUUCCUUCUCAUCGGAUGCUCCAUUCCUCUUUGGCUUUCUUUGGCUGACAUCCCCCGGUCGGAAGAUCACCCGUGGGGCGCAUGGAACGUUCAGUUCCGGGAUGUCAGUAUGGUCAGCGGAGUAGUAUGCGUCGGUCUUGGAGAUGCAGCCGCGUCACUAGUGGGUCGUCGGUUUGGUCGGCGUAAGUGGUUCUGGGGUGGAGGCAAGUCCUUGGAAGGCAGCGUGGCUUUUGCGGCGGCCGUGACCGGUGGUCUAGUUUUUGCCCGACUGUGGCUUGCCGCGGGCCAGUGGGCUGUGCAUGGGAACGAUGGGCAGAAUCAAGUAUUCUGGCUUUGGACGGUGUGCAAAGCCAUCAUAGCAGCUGCAGGCACCAGUGCGACCGAAGCGAUUUUGACGGGGUGCAACGACAAUGUUGUCGUACCGAUUGUGCUGUGGCUGCUCGUCAGGGGACUCGGGUUGUGA